CGUCAUCCCAACAUGGCAGCCUACUUGAGCCGGUUGCAUCACAUUUCACUGCAUGUCUCAAACGUGGAUAAAGUUGCUCAUGAACUCGUUUCCCGGUUCCAGUUUAAUGUGUUUGCGGCCAGACUGACAGACCGAACGAAGCAGCUCGCGCUCCGCCGAGGAUCGGCCGUGUUUGUGGUCAACGAGAGGCCGAACGAGGCGCUGCGGUGGUUGAAUGGACAUGUGUCACGUGGUUGGAAUUCUGUCACAGCCAGAGACCAGCGGGACUUGAAAUGUCUGUAUGGAACCCAUGCACACUACCCGGUGGACACAGUGAGUAACGUGUGUUUCGAGGUGGAGGAUGUGGAGCGGGCGUCCCGGGCGCUGCGGGAUCAGGGUCUCUGUGAGUUCCUCCAGCCGCCCACGGAGGUUCGCGAUGACCGUGGACGGGUCACCUUCUCCGUCAUCAAGUCUGCGGUGGGUAACGUGUGCCACACUCUCAUAGACAGCUCUCACUAUGAGGGGCUCUUUCUGCCUGGCUUCCAUCAGGUCGGGACGGACUCGCAGACCGCAGACCGAUCGCAGUGUCCCAUCACUCAUUUCGACCACAUCACGUAUGCCUGUCCCCGGAGAAGCACUGCACACAUCACCCGCUGGUACCAGAAGAGCUUCGGCUUCCAGAGGUUCUUCAUUGACAGGAAUGAGGACGUGGAGGAGGGAUACGUGUUGAACUACGACGGGAUCGGGCUGCGGUUGACGGCGAUGGAAUACUGGAAAUGCAGUGAGUCGGGAAUCACUCUGCCCUUCAAAGACAAAAAGGAGCCCGACUGCAAGUUUGUGAUCGCAGAGUCUCUUCCUGAGCAAGGCAGAAACCAGGUGGACUCGUUUCUGGAUCAGCACAAAGGAGCAGGAAUCCAGCACAUCGGGCUCUACACUGAAGAUAUUGUGAGCACGGCUCAAACAAUGCAUCGGGCCGGAGUCCAGUUCUUCUCUCCUCCACCUGCAUACUACACUGAGGUGGGAAAGCAGCAGGAGAUCUUGGAGGCGGGUCUAGAUCCUCACACACUGAGCCGGUACGGAAUUCUCCUGGACACUGACAACCACACGGACACAGACAGCCGGAUCACACCGAGUCAACGGUACCUGCUCCAGGUGUUCACCAAGCCCAUUUUUGGAGAGGACACCUUCUUCCUGGAGCUCAUCGAGCGGAGAGGCGCCACGGGCUUCGGCGAGGGGAACAUCCGUGCGCUCUGGAGAUCUGUGCAGGCUUACAUGGAGAACGAGGAGCCGGAGCGUCACGAGACGCAGCGGCAUAAUGUACAAACGACUCAUCGCUGACUGACGCUCUCAGAGACUGAGAUGGAGCUGCUUUAGAUUUAGUGAUUGUGGUGCGAUUGGGAACUUUUGUGUGGAAUGAAUCUGAUUCUGUCCUUUUUACAGGACUUUUACCAUGUUUGACUGCAACAGUCUUCAGUUCAGGGCACUUCUAAUAUUAUCUGUGUUUGAAAUGUACGUGAUUUAUUUAUUCAGUAGACUGAUAUGAUGUCUAAACCUGUGCUGUAUUUCACUCCUAAAUUCUUUUAUGUGACAUUGACAGUGGAGUAUCAGCUGUACUGUUGAUCUGUGUGUUUCUGUCAGAUAAAUCAAAGCCUCCGGACAGCAUGAUGACGUCAA